ACUACGGCUCAGGGAAUUAUCAACAAAGCUCUUAUCAGCAAGGUAGUUAUCAGCAAGGUAGCUAUCAACAGAGUGGGUACCAACAAAGUGGUUAUCAACAAACUGGCUAUCAACAAAACAAUAAUUAUCAACAGAGUGGUCCCAUGCAAGGAAAUACCGGGGGGCAAAGUUAUCAACAAAAUCCUGGAUAUCUGACAAACUCUUAUGCAACACCACAACAGCAACCCUCUUAUGGUCAAAACACUAGCAGUGAUUAUGGGCAAACCAAUAACACCAGUGGAUAUCUUACUUCCGGUACAUAUGGAGUCCCGAAUCAGCAACAACAAACAAACUACGGUCAAUAUAGUCAAUAUACUAAUCAAACACAAGCGACAACAUAUAAUCAAUAUCCAACUCAAACACAGUAUGGCACUUACGGUCAACCUCCCCAAUAUAAUCAAAUAUCUGCUGGGCAGCCCGUUGGUCAAUCUUCUGGACAACCUGUUAUUCAGCAAGUAGGUCAACCAUCUAACCAACAACAAGUUGGUUACUACCAGGCGCAGCAGACCGCCGUAGACCCAAGUAAACUUGGACAGCCAACUGAAGUUAAAUCGGACUCGCAAACAGUCUCAACAGUUCCAAAUUACGGCUACCAACAAUACGGAUAUAAUUAUGGGACCACUCCUGUUGCUACCACUCAAUUUCCUACUGCCGUCAGUGGGCAAACGCAA